UUUUGGCGGUAUCGAACCCUUAACCGAAAAACCCUAGUUUAUAUAAGGUUUAAGUUUAUUGUCAUACAAUAGAAAUAUACCAUGUUCAAAUAGAAAUUCCUUUCAGAGAUAAGCUCGGCGGAUGACCUGUAACAGGAACCAUAUAAUCGGAUCUAUCACAACAUGCAUGUGUACCAUAUUGUACUUUUGGUUUUAUUUGGAUACACGUCACAUGUGUCUGGAUUCAUCAACGAUCCAUUUGUUUCAACAACCCUCCCGACCUUCUCCACGGCAACGAAACGCCCAACAACGACCGGAAGUCACCAGGGGCCGUCAAAUCCGGGAGAAAUUCCGCCAGGGAUCCAGGACCAACUGGACAAAAUGCAGGCAGAUCUAGGCAGACUUUCAAAGGAAAACGCCGCUUUAAAGUUACAAGUAACGUCAUUAGAAAAUGACGUCAGCACUUUAAUUCAACUGCAAGGGAGAGUGCGUCAGCUGGAACAAGAAAGUAUCACGACGAGCAGAGAAAUAUCAGCCAUCCAGAGCAGCGGGAGUAUUACUACAAGGGUGGAGGCGCUGGAGACUUCCCAGCCCCAGAUGAGGUCGGAUAUAUCCAGACUGAAGCUCCAGAUAGGGAGCUCGUCCAGGGCGUUCAACUCGGCCAUGCAGAAUAUCCAGACGUCGCUUGACGGCGUCAAACAGACGGUGGAUAAACUGGUGGCCGCAGGAGGCGUGGUUACCAACAACCCCGGGGGACAGGUGCCCCCGCACACUUCCGGAACCGCAACUUUAUCACCACCAUCUCAUACAACUCCUUUCACCCAAAUACUACACGAUUGCCUUGAUGUCUACGAGAAGGACCAGUACCCCGGGGUGUUUACCAUACAGCCUCCCCAGUCCCAGCGGCCGUUCAAAGUUUACUGCGACAGCGGCUGGGCCGUCAUACAGAGGAGGACCAACGGGGCCAUGUCCUUCUCCACGCCAUUCAGGAGAUGGGCCGAUUAUGUCGGAGGAUUUGGAAACGCGUCCAGUGAUUACUGGCUGGGAAACGAUAAUGUAUACGACAUACUGGCCCGGGAGCCGUACGCCCUCAGGGUAGAGGGUGUUGGGUAUAGCGGGAAGAUCUACUGGGCCCAAUACAACCACUUCACAAUCGAAGACGAAACUAACUACUACCGUCUCAAUGUGUCCGGUUAUUCGGGAAACUACAGAGAUACCUUGAUCACUGCCAAUGGCAACGCGUUUGUGACGCAAGAUCAUCCGGGUAACGUGUCUUUUUACCGGGACUGUUCUGGAUUUUUUGGUGGCGGAUGGUGGGCCAACACAACAACCUCUGUUCCGAACUGUGGAUACAAUCUAAAUGGCUGAUACUUACCCAGUGGUGGUACUUGUAUGACCUUCGCAGACAUCUGUGUCAAAAGUUCCAUCAUGAAGAUAAUUCCAAGCAACGCCCUUACGUAACUUUAUAUUGAGCGUAAUACUUCGUUGAUAUCUAAUUGGAUAAAUUUCAGACACUUUUAAAUAUAAGUAUUAAACUAUUUCUUGUA